UCAUAGAGUGCGCAAUCCCCUAAUGUUUAUUCGCCAGUAUGAUUUUCCGGUCCGCAAUAUCUGUGUUCUCACAUCAGAAAGGAAAAGCAUUUCACCCCCAUACCCCAGGGGCUUUGACUACCCUUUCCAUGCUUAGUCCCGCCCUCACUCUAACCAAACAUUUGCAUGUAAAAAGACAUAAGUCACCGAAACCUUAAUUAUGUCAAAAAUAAAAUUGACCGCACCGGGACAAUGUUGUAACAAAGGAUGCGUUGAAAGAAAGACAGUCGGCUUCCGAAAUGGGAUUUACGCUGGACAAUGUAUGUGAUUCCAAACUUCUUAGAGUGUCUGCAAAGUUGAACAAGUUGGAGAAAACUUUCUGGUCAAUCUUUGAGCCCGUUCUACCUUCACGGAUGGAAAUUAAAUUGUAUCGGGGAGGAAAACAUGCCGAAAGGUCAGGACGCAAAUUUCUCUCAUGCAAGUGUCGCAUUAUUUAGUCUUUGCCUAUUCGUUUGUUUUUGAAAACAGUUGACCCCGUUUCAUACGCUCUUUUCUUUUUCGAAAGCAGCGCCAGUAACGUGUCGUUAAAUGGGGACAUUGUGGUAGUUUUCAUGGCGUAAGUAACCACGAAGAAGAAAAAAACACUGGAUCAUUUAUCAAUGAACUAAAACAGGGAAAUAUACAAAAGACGGAGGACGGACGCGAUGGCCGAGAAGGAGACGGAGAGUAAAGCGGGUGUUUAUCGGAGUGUCUCUUUCAAAAAGCUGGAAAGCUGGAACGUAAAUAAUAGUCGUUCGGGAGCCGAGGAUCAACACCACAAAUCAGAGGAUUUAGAGAGCAAAGCCCUUCCCCCUCAGGGUGCCGAGACAGCACUCGAAAACGCGCAGCCCUCGGAUACGCAUAGCGUUACUGUGUCAAGAAAAGUUUCCAAAAUCUCAGCAGCCAGCCUCUCAACCGCAGAGCUAAAGAAAGGCUUCCCUCAUACGAUUUCGCCCUCGGUCCGCCUGCUCUCAGAAAAGUUCAGACCGAGCACACAGUCUACGCCGAGCUCAACUUCACCCGCGAUUCGAAAUACAGACGACUCUUUACAGGACGCUGGAUGCUUAUCUGAUCAGAUCAAAGAUCCUCUAGAGCUUACAGCUGAAAAAUGUACAGAACAAAAGUUUAAUUCAGCUCAAGAGUCUGUAUCUGGCUCUGAUUCAGACAGAGGUCAAAGACGGAGGGUUCGAAAGACUGUAGGUGCCACAAACGCAGGUAAGAGCAGCUAUUCUGAAAUUACUGGCUCUGUCGACUGUAGCAGUAAUGCUCUAUAUUCAGAAGAUGAUGUUUUUGUCUUAGGGGUUUCGCCAUACAAGUCUCAUCGCAGCUACCGCUCUUCCCAUGGUGAAACUAUUCACAUUGACUCGAGCUGGCCAAGUGUAACAAAAAUACGCAGGCUGUUUGGGGAAGGUCAGAGGAAGCUGCACAGUUCAACGUCAGAUGCAGAUGACUUGAAAUUGACUGGCCAUCACCUUCACCAUUCCCUCAACACAAAAGAAGGCACCCCCUUAGACCAAUGUGACAGACCACUGCAGCCAAGGACAGCCGGGCGACAGACAUACAGCUCAGACCAUGAACCUAACAGACAGUGUGUGGAUUUCCUAAACCACACUGAGAAUAAGUGUCAAUGUAUUAACUUUGCUUUUAGCACCGAAAAGUAUUCUCAAGAUGGUGAUCUUAGCUGCACGAAAAGAAGGCAGUAUCCAGAUUUAAGAAUAGAGAGCGAGAGAGGUAUCAGAGUGGGAGCCGAGAGCCAGAGUGGCAGACCGGACGGUGACCUCCGGCCCUCUGCCCCGACACCCCCACCUCGCAGUAGUUCUGUCGCUCAGCCAGCCGGUUCUCACUCGUGUACUUAUCGUGAGCAGCUGCAGGAAAGUAGGCAGAGAGGGACGUGGCCGUCAGACAGUUUGCAUUCCUUGCAUAGCUCCUCGCAACCUCAGACCAGCGCUUCAGUAGACGGUGCCAGCGCUCGUGGGAGACUGAGCUCCGGGGAAGAGGAGGACAGGGCUGGGGAACAGACAGCCAGGAGCCGCAGCAACGGAGGGACCGGCACGGACUUCUCCAGGAACAAGCAUGGCGCGUGGGCCAAGCCGCUGCGACGGUCCUCGGGCAGUGAGGAAGACAGUCCUGCAGGGUUAGCCCACCACAGCAGGGACGUUCGCCGCCGCUCCUUGAGGAAAAAGAAGAAAAGCAGCUGCAGCAGAGGUGAUGGGGAGUCAGACGACAGUGAUGGACAGUCUGUGAUGAUGGAGCAUCCUGAGUGUCACCAACAGUCCUGCGAUGCCCAGACGGAUGGCCGCAGGCUUGAGGGCUUGCGGUCCAGGGCCUGGCAGGCACGGGAACGGGGGCAGCCAGUUCAAGGUUCCUUCCUGGUUCAAGACACCUACAGGCGCCUAUAUAAAGGCGCUGAGGGACAGAACAGUACUGGGUCUGUCCCGUUUGUGUCCCGGGUGUCGAAAGUAAACAUCCCCUCAUUUCUUUCCAGUCCUUUGGGGUCAAGGAGUAGCAGCAGAUACUCCAGCACUGAGACUCUGAAGGAAGGGGAUCAGCCAUCAUGCACUUCCCCAUCCUCCUCUUCAGUCCUAAGCAAGACUUAUCAUGGUAAUGCCACUAUGUACCGAUGGCCAAGUUUUGGCCACGGAGACAACUUUUCUCGCACACCCGUUCGAGUCCGGCCGAGGCUGGUGCCUAGUUCAAGUCCAGGAGAGCGUGUCUCCAGCACUUCCGAAAGCAGAGCAUCGCCCAGCUCUGUCUUUAAUGAGAAAGAUGCGGAGAGAAUAUCUAUGUCAAAUCCUGAUAUUGCUUCAGAGACCCUCUCGCUGCUAAGCUACCUGAAAACCGAUUUAUCAGAGCUGAGGAUGAAACGGAGAGGACAAGAAGCAGAGGAGGGGCUGAAAUCCAGCUUUCAGGGUGUUCAGGGAACACCAGCUGCAUACAGAGUGGGCUCAAGAACCCCAGGGCUCACCGCCAGACGGCCUUCGCUGAAGGACCUCACUGCCACUUUGAGGAGGGCCAAGUCUUUUACAUACUCAGAUGUGCCAUUAGGGCAGCGCUAUUCCAAGAGUAGGUCAGCUACGAGGAGUUCCUCUGAACAGAGACUGGACUGCGAAGGGGAUGGAGAUCAGAUAGUGGUCUCUGACAGGGAGGUGGAAAGUGAUGAUUGCAGAGGAGUCUAUGGCUAUGAAGAGCGCAUGCCUACCCCUCUACAAGAAUGCUACGUUCAAGAAGCCAGACGGGUAAUAAGAGAUAUUUGUCGGAUGAGUGCCGAGAAGGAGGAGGAUGAUUAUGACAACAAUGUAGAUUUCAAAAGAAAAGAAGAUUUUGACAUGGAGGAAGAUGGGGGAGAACCAGAAAAGUUUAAGCAACAGGAGAUUGCAGUUGCUGGAUAUAAAGAACAGACUGAUAGUGGAGAGAGUGAAAAGUGCUUACCGAGGAGAAAUUCUGAAGAGAACUUGUUCUGUGAUAAGUCACUGGAUGAACUCUCUGGCCAUGAGUCCAGCCUGACAGAUGAAGGAAUAGUCACAGAACCUGAGGCCGGCUCGUCCAGAGAGCCGACAUCCAGCACAGACCUGCUGGGCCAGACACUCACUGCUUGGACUCAAUCUGGACUGUAUGAAGAACAGUCACCUGCUAUGACACCAGAGAAGUCUCUCUCCAGUCGAACCCCCUCUGUAAGGACGGAAUAUGAGGCAGUGGCCAUAGAAGGAGACAUAAGCAUCAAUAAAAAUGUAAAUCAGGUGGCUUUAGAGGCCCCGCCUACUCCCAGUGCUCUUCGAAGACGGAGGAAGUUCUCCACAGCUGGAAACAAUGGCUCUGACUCCAGUAAUGGCAGUAACGGGGAGUCGAACAAUGAGUCAGCAUACCGUUCCCUCAGCGAUCCCAUGCCGCAUCGGCACCGGCCUGUAACGGAGGAUGGCGGCAGUAGUUUCUCCAUGGACAGCAAUUUGCUCGGUUCACUCUCCCUGAACUCCAAGGCAGGCAUGGGCGUGGACUCGUCCGCAGCGGACCUGUCCGAGUGCACCUGCAGCGCGGCCAGCGACCUCUCGGUGUGCAGUGAUGUUCUGCGAGACUACAGUACCGUGAUCCACAGCAUCGUGCACGAACCUGGUGCCAUGGACCGGCUGACUGACGAGAAGGCGAAUGGAAAAACGGUGAAGAAGAAGAGCUUCAGCGACCCCAGCCGGCGUGGAGAACUGGCCACCCAGGCACCAGAGGUCCAGAAGCGUCCAGACGAGCCCGUUAACGAGCUAGAGCAGACCAUCCCACCUUCCAGCAGCGAGCCAAUUUUGUCUGAACAAAGAGAUGAGCUCUGGGAGCUGGGCAGCGAGCAAAAGCUGCCAUGUUCCAGUACGAGGGCCCGGUCUCAGUCAGAGCAUGCAAUGCCCUCCCAUCUAGACCGCAAUGACAAUUCUAAGAUGGGUGAUGAGAUGUCCAGCUUCCCCUUUGACCCGAAGCUGGACCAGGUAUUGUCUCCUUGCAUAAGUCGACGCAGCUAUAAGAAACGGACACACAGGGUCCCACAUCAGCAGUCCUGUGUUGAUGGGGAGGAGGAGGAGGAGGAGGAGGAGGAAGAAGAAGAGGAGGAAGAGGAGGAGGAGGAUCAGGUUGUUGAAGAUAGUCUGGACAAAUCCACAUCCAUCCUGCCUCAACUGCCUCCACCUAAUACCGGGCCCAAACAUGGGCACAAAUGUGGCAGGUUCACUGGUAUGGCGCACAUCACACCCACCAACACCCACACUACCCAAGACCAGCGAGAUGGCUCCUUCAAGACCCCAGAUCCCACACAGCCCCCACAACACAGCCAGAGGGAAGGAAUGCCUUCUGUGGAGGAUGUGACGGAACAGUACAUCCUGGCCUUGAAUCCAUCUGAGGGGACUUCAAAUAUCCCUGCAACUAGUGAUGGAGCUGUCAUCGAGGGUGUUGGGUCCAUUUCUGCAGCACCAAUUGGCACCGAUGAACCUCAACUGCAGAGGAAGUCCUCUGAUGAGCUGUCCUCUGCCCAACUUAAAACCAAACCACGAGUGGAUAUGAGAAGACAUGUCAUUAUGACCCUGCUGGACACCGAGCGGUCUUAUGUGGAUUCUCUACGGACCCUGAUCCAGGGUUACAUGAAGCCCCUGAAGCAGGCGGAGACCUCGCCCCUCUGCGACCCAUCUCUGGUGGAUGAGAUGUUCUACCAGAUCCCCGAGAUCCUUGAGCACCACGAGCACUUCUUGGAGCAGGUGCUCACAUGCGUCAGCGACUGGCAUGACCGCCAGACCGUGGGCCACCUGCUCCUGCAGUCGUUCUCCAAAGAAGUGCUGGCCAAUAUUUACUCAGCGUAUAUUGAUAACUUCAUGAAUGCCAAAGACGCAGUGAGGGUUGCCAAGGAAGCCAAGCCUGCGUUUAUGAAGUUUUUAGAGCAAAGCAUGCGGGAGAAUAAGGAGAAGCAGGCACUAGGGGAUCUGAUGAUCAAGCCUGUCCAGCGCAUCCCACGCUAUGAACUUCUGGUCAAAGAUCUUCUGAAACACACUCCAGAAGACCACCCAGACCACCCCUUUCUGCUGGACGCUCAGAAGAACAUAAAGCGAUUGGCUGAGAGGAUUAACAAGGGCCGGCGUAAUGCGGAGGAGGUGGAGCGUGAGACACGCGUGAUGCAGGAGAUCGAGGCCCACAUAGAGGGAGUAGAACACAUCCUGCAUCCUCAGAGGAAGUUCCUGAGACAGGAAAUGGUGAUGGAGGCGAAAACGGUCGGUGGGAAGAAGGACCGUUCUCUGUUCUUGUUCAGUGACCUACUCAUCUGCACCACUUUGAAAAGGAAGUCAGGCUCUCUGCGCCGAAGCUCCAUGAGUCUAUAUUCCGCUGCUAGUGUCAUUGACACCUCAAGUAAAUAUAAGUUUCUGUGGAAACUGCCCUUGGAAGAUAUAGAAUUAGUGAAAGGUGCCAAUCAGGCUACCAACAGAGAUGCCAUCCAGAAAACAAUCAGCCGUCUGGAUGAGGACCUUAGCACCCUUGGCCAAAUCAGCAAACUAUCCGAGACCCUCAGCUUUCCACACCAGAGUCUGGACGACGUGAUAAAGGAUCUGAUGGCGUCGGUGCACAGGGAGCUGGCUGAGAAGCAGUCUCUGGCCUUCAGCAUGGCCUUCCUGCCCACCAAGUUGGAGCUGACCACGGCGUCUGCCGACGGCUCCUUCGUCUUCGAGUUCGGGAGCCCGGAUGCGCGCAGCACCUUCGAGCAGGCCUUCGAGGAGGCCAAGAAGAAGCUGGCCAUGAAUAAGGACCAGUGGGACCCCGAGUUCCUCAAGGCUAUCCCCAUCAUGAAGACGCGCAGCGGCAUGCAGUUCUCGUGCGCCUCGCCGAGCCACAGCUGCCCAGAGGACACGUGCGAGGUGUGGGUGUGCAAUAGUGAUGGCUAUGUGGGCCAGGUGUGCCUGCUCAACAUCCGUCGUGAGCCCACGGUGGAGGCGUGCAUCGCCGUCUGCUCCGCGCGCAUCGUCUGCAUCGCCGCCGUGCCGGGCCUCAAGGGCAGAGAGCACGCAGAGUCGCGGCAUUCUGCCGUGGUCGCCGCCCCCUCCAAGCCAAACCCCGCCCCCUCUGGCCAGCCCCAGCUCCACAUCUCCAUCUCGGGCUCCUCCCUGGAGCUUAGCGAGCCCCACGCCUCACCUGUGCCCGAGCUGGUGCCCUUCGACAGCGACGAUACUGACGACGAAGACUCCCCGAGCCCUUCGUCCACACUGCAGAGCCAAGCCUCCCACUCCACCAUCUCCUCCAGCUACGGCAACGAUGAGGGGACAGGCUCGAAGGACAUGGCCGCCGAGACCACCAGCUCAGAGGAGGAGCAAGAGUUCAGCGGGGCGGGAGCGUUCGGGCUGCAGGGGCUCCGCGCCGACAGCGCCGUGGACGGGCGCGCCAUCCGGCGCUCCAGCCGCGGCUCCUUCACGCGCGCCAGCCUGGAGGACCUGCUGAGCAUGGACCCCGAGGCCUACCAGAGCUCCGUGUGGCUGGGCACCGAGGGCGGCUGCAUCCAUGUGUACCAGUCCUCUGACAACAUCCGGAACAGGAAGAACAGCAUGAAGAUGCAGCAUUCUGCCGCCAUCUUGUGCAUUCUGUAUCUUGACAACAAGGUCUUUGUGUCACUUGCAAACGGCGAAGUGAUUGUUUAUCAGAGGGAAGCAGGUAGUUUCUGGGAUGCUCAGAGCUCGCAGGCAUUGUGCUUGGGUUCCCCGAGCGGUCCCGUCACUAAGAUGGUUCCAGUAGCAGGCAAACUGUGGUGUGGCUGUCAGAACCGGAUCCUCAUUCUCAACACCAGCACUUUAGCACAGGAGCACUCCUUCCAGGUGGGGCAGGACAGUGGACGCUCUGUCACCUGUAUGGUGAGCUACGGCCAGGGCGUGUGGCUUGCUCUGCAGGGGAGUGCCCAGGUUCGCCUCUACCACGCUACCACCUACGAGAGUCUCACCGAGGUGGACGUGGCCCCUGCCGUACAUAAGAUGCUAGCAGGCUCAGAUGCCAUCAUCCGGCAGCACAAGGCGGCGUGUUUGCGCAUCACGGCUUUGCUGGCCUGCCGGGACGUGCUGUGGAUUGGGACGAGCGCGGGCGUGGUGCUCACGCUGCCUGUCCUGCCCGUGUCCUCUGGCGGAGGAGCAGGGACACCACGCGUGCCGCUCCUGCCCAUGGGGUCUGCCCACGGCCACACCGGCCACGUCCGGUUCCUGACCUCCAUCGAGCUGCCCGAGGGCUUCGACGUCACCUUCCCCUCACAGACAGAGCAAGGGAACCCGGCUCAGAGCAGCACCAACGGUGGCAGCAGUGGGGCCCUGCAGAGAGUGGACUCCACCCACCGCCGAGCCUCCACCUUCCUCCCCGCCAAAUCCAACCUGCUGGUCAUCAGUGGCGGUGACGGCUACGAGGACUUCAGGCUGACCAACAGCAGCGAGACCGUGGGGCGAGACGACAGCACCAACCACUUGCUGCUUUGGCGUGUGUGAGGCUCCGCCCCCUCCCGGACUAUGUCCCACAUCUUGAGACCGGCCCCGCCCCUCGACACCAGCCGCUGGCCGCGCGCAUUGCUCGUCCUGAGACCCUAUCACACCGACCACCCCCAGCCCCCGGCCAGCCUCCAAACAUCUGUUGCUCGAGCAGAAGCCUGCUGUCCACGUGCAUGAGAAUUCCAGAAACUUGAAAACAACACAAAAAAAACAGGGGGUUGCUUUUAUCGUUUUUGUUUUGUUGUGUGAUCAGUUGUUGAGCUGUACUCUGUCACUUUUGUACCUUGGUGUAAGAAGUGAGUCAUGCUCUGCUUUUGGUGUUUCCUUGUGGGCUGAUUACAUGUAGUGUUAAGCCUGACACAGAAAAAAAAGCCCCACAGGUGAAAAGCGACACUGUUCUAAGAGGUUUCGUGAAGGAAGUGGGGUGGGUUGCCGGUCAGAGGAAGAAAAAAAAGAAGAAAACAAAGAUUGACAGAAUUAAGAGAAAGAAAGAUGGUAAUGUUAAUGGAAAGUGUGAAGUGAGCUUCUACGAGCAGAUUGGUCAUUUCCAGCGGCUCCUGAGACAAAGGCUACAACAGACGAGCAUUUGGACACUAAAGCUGAUUUGAGGGUAGAUGGAGGUCCCGGUGGGGGCAGAGGAGGAGGGGGGGGUACGUUCAGGCCCCUCUGCUUCUCUAGAGAAUAGCCAGCACACCUUCGGCACCAGUGUGAUCAACUACUGUUCCCUCACACUGUGACUGCAUUCAAAAAACGAAGAUGCUUCUGCUUGGCUAAGCUGCCGAGCGUGAUACGAGUUUAUCUAUGAGUAACCAAUGUGCAAUAUAAAGAUAGGGUACCUACUAAAGACUAUAUCGUAUGUACACACACACACACACACACACACACACACACACACACACACACACACACACAAAGCGCAAGGCUCUCUCUUAGCCCAUUUGUGAGAGUAAGCAGUAGAAUUAAACAUAUUUGUCCAUCACAGUCAGCUUCUUCACACAAUCACAUAAUUUGUUUUAUUAUCUACUUAUUCUUUUCCUUGAGUUAAGGUGGAGUUCAGUCAUGUAUACGGAGAACAGCAGCAACUUUCCAACAGCUGUUGGGGCAAAUAAAGAGACUUUGUGUACAGUAUUUAUGUUUUUGAUUUUAGUUCAGUGUUUUACAGCACUUAAUUUAUAAUGAGAACAUUUUUGUUUUUCGAAUUUCCCUUUGCUUUAUCUUCCCUGAGGAAGCUCUUGUCUGGUGGACUAAAGCCAUAUGCGUCAACUCAGACCCACUCAUGUAACUUCCUGGUUCCACUCCGGUCACACCACUGCAGACGUAACACUGACAGUGUAGUAGCUGUUUUUCGAGUAUUCGGAGUUUUAAAAGCUUAUUUUGGCUAGAGGGCUAGACUUGCUUCCUGAAAAGUCCCCUCCGUGCGUGGAGGUAAAGAUCCAGUGACAGCUGAAUUUUCAUGCUUGGUCACUGUUGCGUGGGAGGGUGAGAGUAUAGACAGAGGUGUCACCUCACUGAGUCUCACGGGACGGCGUGAAUUGACAGUUGACUGUUUGUUUAUUUAGCAGACACGCCGAACACUAAUCUUUCAGAUGGGAUGUUCGGUGUCUGCAAGUUGACAUUUAGUCGUGCAAUCUCUUUCGUUUUGAGUGCGACACCGAGACUGAAAACAAGUGUGCAGUUGCACGCAAUGAGAGAGAGUGCACGUGCGCACGCACACACACACACACACACACACACACACACACACUCCAGCCUGGCAGCUUAGCUCAGCAGGCUAUGGGUAGUGCAACUCUUUGCUUCUGUUUGUUAUAAGGUUGUUGAAUGCGGCCUAGCAUGUCUGCCACUUCAGUGUGUGGAGCUCCUUUCCAAACACAAUACAUACAAAUAUACUUAAUCCACUUACUUCAUUUAAAAAAGCUCCAUGGUGAUGAUUGAUGUUAAUAUGGUCCCUGGCCCAAGACAAAGCUAUUACAUAACUAAUGACUGAUAUUCACAGAUUUUAGCGUCCUGUUUGAUCUAGUCAGUAUUUUAAGGAUGUUUGUGCCAAGAAGGUUGUUCCGUAUCCCCAGAUGAGCAACAAAACCCAGAGCAGAGGUCCAGUCAGACGUGGAAGCAGACAAACUCCCUGUCAUUUCAGACACUUAUUACGGAUUACAUUCUGACAAUUAUAUUUCCAUAUGACCGAGUGACCAUCAAAAAUAUGUUAAUGAGCAGAAACAAUCUUUUUUUUUCUUUCUCUAUUCCAAAGCUACCAGCAUUCCGUCUCAAAUGUGUGUAAGUAGCCUUCCAGCUGGUUUUGUGAAAGAAGUCAAUGUUUAUUGUAAAUAUUUGAUAUAUAUUGCCUUAUUUUCUGUACAUAGUGCUCCCACUGUCCACAGUUGUUGAUAUGAAUCUGAUGGCAUAUUUUUAUAUACUUAUUGCAGUUUGUCUGGUUUUUGGUUUUUGUCCAUCCUCACGCCCACCUUCAGCAUGUCUUCUCUGCUGCCACAUUUAAAUUAGAACUAUAUAGCAUUUUAGAGAGUCGUCUAACCUCUCUACAGGUCACGUGACAGUCCUCCGGGUUUAUUUUCCUUGUUUAUGGUUCUGUGGGUUUCUUUGCAAUUAAAAAAUUUUUACUGGUGCCAGA